GGCCGCCAGGGGUCCGGCCUGCGCAGCCCUCGCCAGCUCAGCGUCACGCGGGCCGCCGGCGGACUGCGCGCUGCGAGUCCCCGCCCCGCCGCACAGCGCGGGAGAGGUCCGGGCGGCGUCCGCGCCCAGCCGGCGGCCAGAGGGAGCGCAGCAUGACCGCCAUCGCCGUGCAGGCCCAGAGGCUGUUGGGCCAGAGAAGGCCCCGCCGGUCCUUCUUUGAGUCCUUCAUCCAGACCCUCAUCAUCGUGUGCAGUGCUUUGGCUGUGGUCCUCUCUUCUAUCUCCAUCUGUGAUGGGUAUUGGCUCCUGGAUGAGGACCGCCUCUUUGGGCUGUGGCACUUCUGCACCCUCACCAACCAGAGCAAGCCACACUGCCUCCGAGACCUGAGCCAGGCCCAAGUGCCUGGACUGGCUGUGGGUGUGGGUGUGGCUCGGAGUGUGGGUGCCAUGGCUGUGGUGGCCGCCAUUUUUGGCCUGGAGCUCCUCAUGGUAUCCCAAGUGUGUGAGAACACCUACUCUCGGCGCAAGUGGGCCAUUGGUUCCUGCCUCCUCCUCAUCUCCUUCAUCCUGUCCUCUGUGGGACUCCUGAGUUUCGUGAUCCUCCUCAGGAAUCAGGUCACACUCAUCGGCUUCACCCUGAUGUUUUGGUGUGAAUUUACUGCCUCCUUCCUCCUCUUCCUCAAUGCUAUCAGUGGCCUUCAUAUCAGCAGCAUAACAGACCCCUGGAACCAACUGAGGGAAUUCUAGGGCACUCUGUGGAGACCUCGGUUUCUAUAAGAACCUGUGAUCAAGAUGAGACUCUUCCAACAUGUGACCUCUGGUGGUGAUGGGUGGUACCAGGACCUUGAAGCUGCUGCCUUUUAGCCAGUAAGCUCUGAGUUGUCUGCCAGAAAUGGCCCAGCUCUGCAGCUGGUGGCCAAGGCCAGAGGCCAAGAGUGUGUCUCUGUGCACAGGUUUGGCCAAGCUAUUAGGAUGUUGAUUUCAAAAGAAAAAAAGUAUUAACACUCUC